AAGGAGAGCCACGGUGCUCUGUUAUUAAAACUGCUUUCAAUUCCAUUGUUCGUAAUAUUAAUGGUAAUAGCAAUACUACAAAACUUAUCAAAAAAAUUGUAAUGAAGUCACUUGGACAAAGGGACUUUUCUACACAAGAGGUUAUGCAUCACUUGUUGUCUUUGAAACUGAUCAGCUCAUCAUUUAAUGUACUACCUAUCAGUCUUGAUGGUUCUCGUAAAGUGAAAACAAAUUUGGGCAACAAAGAUGUUGCAACAAAUGAUUCACUACUGGAUGUUUAUGCUAAACGUGCUAUGUAUGCUGACAAGAUUCCAAAUAUAAUGACAUUUAAUUUUAUUACUUUUGCUACAAAGUAUAAAGUUGUUAACAAUAAACUAACAGCUCAGGCAGACAAUACUGUACCUAGAAUUUUUCCAGUGUAUUCUCCAAAUAACAAGGGGCCAAAUUUCCCCCUUUACUGCAAAUACCACCUACCUAGAUAUAAACCCUGGCACACCACUCAAGAAAAUGUUUGGGGAGAUAAACUGGGUACUGAUAACAUAUAUAUCAGCAAAUGGAAAGAAUUUCUAGAAACGCCAUAUGCAAAAGAACAUGUUCCCGACUGGCAUGACAAGUUGGACACCAUUCAAAAUUACAACGAAAAUAACACAGAUACUGAACAUGCCACACGAGCAUUUUCUCAGCGUGAAGAAUGGAUGCUCUUAGCAGAUCUUGUUCCUGGAUCAUUCAAUGCAAUUAAUGAAUCACAUGAAACUCUUCAUACAAGUUAUAAUUGGCAAAAUGACAGGCUAAAAUUCGAAGAGAGUCAAAUAACAGAAUUGUCCUCUUGGAUAAGAAACAACAAGCAAGCAUUUACUCCAAGAACUUUAACAGACCAAAAUACUGAUGUUAGUACUUUUAGUGAAAUGCAGAAACGCGGCUAUAACAUAGUUAAGGCACAUUCAGAGCAACCUUACCCAAAGGAUCCAUUACUUCUUAUAAUUAUAGGUGGUGGUGGUACAGGAAAAAGCUACCUUAUUAAUGCCAUUAAAUUAUUACUGAAACAGUCAUGUGCUGUUACUGCUACAACUGGCAAAGCUGCAUUUAGCAUACGCGGAUGUACUAUACAUUCAAUGUUGAAACUUCCUGUUGGUGCAAAAGGCAACAAAGACUUAACUGGUGAAAGCCUUGUUAGACUACAAAAUGCCCUUAAAGAAAUCAGUUAUAUUAUAAUUGAUGAAUACUCUAUGCUAGGCCAAAAAAUGUUUGCCUGGGUUGACAAACGGCGCAGGCAGGCUACUGGUUUAACUGAUGAACUUUUUGGUGGCAAAUCAAUAAUAUUAGUUGGUGAUCCUGCCCAAUUACCACCUGUUGCAGAUAAGCCUCUUUAUCACUCAAACCCUUCAAAUGCUUUACAAGAACAAGGCCAUUUAGUUUAUCUCAUGUUUAACACUGUUGUUAAACUAACAUUAAACCAAAGAGUAAAAGGAUCAAGCCCCGAACAAUCUAGAUUCAGAGAUUUAUUAAACCGAUUACGCACAGGGGAUUGCACUCAAAAUGACUGGAUGCUUCUCUUAAAUAGACAGCCAUCAACAGUAGACAACAUCAGUGCAUUUAAAGGCGUUGUAAGACUUUAUUAUAGCAAUGACGAAGUUGCAAAAUACAACUUUGAAAAGUUAUCUGACCUGAACCAACCAAUAGCAAGGAUAAAUGCUCGACACUCUACUGAAGCAGCUAAGAAGGCCAGUGCUGAUGAAAUGUCAGGACUAGAACCUGUUGUUUUCCUUGCUAAAGGAGCACAUAUCACGCUCACGAUGAAUUUGUGGACAGAUGUCGGUCUCUGUAAUGGUGCAACUGGUACUGUUGUCGACUUCAUAUAUGCUACCAAUCAGCAACCCCCUGACUUGCCUAUUACUGUUAUUGUAAUGUUUGAUGACUAUACAGGCCCAUCAAUCUAUAACAACAUUCAACAAUGUGUACCCAUAUGUCCAAUAACAGUAAUAUCUGACACAUUGGGUAGUGUGAAUGAAAGGCAACAACUUCCUUUAAAACUUUCUUGGGCAAUGACAAUACACAAAAGCCAGGGAUUGACCCUAUCAAAUGCAUGGAUAGACAUAGGUAACAAUGAAAAAACUCCAGGAAUAUCAUAUGUUGCAAUUAGUAGAGUAAAAACACUCUCAUCUUGCAUUAUUGAACCAAUGACUUUUGAGAGAUUAACAAGCCUGAAAAAGUCAUCUGGUCUCCAGCAUAGACUACAAGAAGAAAGUAGACUUGAUAAACUUGCUGCCUUAAUAACAAGAAAACAGAAGAAAUGGAAGAAUAACAAGAAAACAGAAGAAAUGGAAGUUCCCCAAAUGAUAUGUUCUCAUCCAAAACUACCUUUUGUCCUUUUCACAGAUAUUGCUACCCCAACUGUACCAGGAAAAAUGAUAUGCUAUAUACAUGGUCUAUCCUCAGUAAAAAAUGCAAACAACUCUGACAAGAAGUACUUCAACUGCACCCUACAAUGUAAAGAUAGAGU